AUGGAACACUCGGCUCUUUACGCUACGGACAACCAUCCAGCGAUGGGUUGUUUUCGACCGACACCUCUGGGCAACGACGGCGAGUCGGCGACAACCUCAAUGACAGACUUGCAUUCGGUAUCGGUUGGGUCGAUAUCGUCCAACAUGUCCGAUCAAAACAACAUGUCGGUCUCGGACCUUUUGAUCAUGUCUGACGCAGAGUGGGCAGCUAUGGUUACUCAGCAGACGGACGACACGUUGGUCAGGCCGCACCAUCAGAAUAGCCAUCCUCACCUGGCUCCCAACUGGGGAGUAUCUGGAAACAUGGGUGGAGCUCCUUGCAGCAUGGAGGCCCUUGGAACUGCCACCGCACAGCUUUCAAUGGAUGAUAUGCAUCUUAUGCGGCCGUCAUCCCCUCAAGUCCAACACGUCCGUAACCGAUCAAUAUCAAUGGGUGCACACCCAGCACAGGCACCUCCUCAGCGAUUGACUCUUACCUCUCCUUACAACAUGGCCGAGCACUUUGCAGCUUCGUCGUCUAUGGCUUCUGGACUCCGCAGCCCGCCAGUGAACCACUGCUUUGUCCCUGCCCAUAUGUCUGGCACGUCGAUGGACGACUCGGCAACUGGAAUGAUGGCAGUACCGCCACCAUCUGGGACAAUGCCUGCUGGACGGAGGCCGCGUGCCAAUACUAUUCCAGGAUCAUGGGGCCAGCCACACAUGCACGACCUUGGAGGAAAGGAGCCAAGGCACUCAUCAGGACUACGAGCACCUUUUUCAUCUCCCACAAACAUGACGCGGUCUCCGGUAAUCAACAAGAAGCCCGCAGCGCUCGGCAUCAAUGUUCCUAAACGACAUGAGCAUCAUGCACCGUACACACUAAAAUCACCACAUUCUAUGGCGGCCAGAAUGUCCAAUCGGGACAUGGCUGGAUUCCGAGGCAAGGGUAACUCGCAUUCUCCCGUUGCGAUCAGCACCGCAUUACACUCUCCUGUGAACCGGAGUGCGUCCCCGAAACCUCUCAUUGGCGGCCUGGUUACUUCCCCAUUGUGCCCGUCCCCGCAACCACUUCACUUUGCAUCAUCGAGCCCCGCAAUGUCCAAUGUCGCACCACCGGCAGCCAUAGCAUCCCCUUCGACGGGGAGCUUUCCUCCCAAAGCAAAAUCCAGCCCUACGCUGCUUAUUCCUAUUCCUCCCGCCCAUCCUCGAAAGGAUCAGAACCAGCUUACUCAACAGCAGCAGUAUGCUAAACUUGAUGCUGCCCUUCUCAGCACUGAUUUUGACGAUAUCACGGUUGCUGAGCUCAAAGACAUGCUUAGAGAGCGUGGUCUUCCUUCGUCAGGCAAAAAAGCGGUUCUCGUUCAGAGACUGCAGGACGAAAUCAAGUUGAUAGGGAUGCGCAAGGAAGGCAAGCUGAAGCCCGAAGAUGAUCCUCGCCACCCGCUUUACCAUCAAGUGCGUCAAAUGAUGCAAUUACGGCAACUGCAAAUGUUUCAUCAGAGCAUGAUGGGUAUCGACCUUUCGAAACCGCAAUCUUUGGGAGGACUGAUUGGCCAUCAUCCCAUGCCUCCAUCUAUUCCGGAUGAUUCGGCCACCAAACUCAUGUCACCACCCCCGUUAUCAUCGCCAAACUCUACAGUCAUGACGCCAAACACGCCUCCUCCACCAACCACUCCGUCGACUGUUUCUGUCAUUCGCCCUAGGAGUAUUUCUGAUUCUAGACUGACUAGACCGAAUUUGUCGCUCCAAUCACCCACACCUUACUCUGCUACUACUGGGCCAACGACGCUAUCUCAACCGUCAAUGUACCCACCUGAGCUUCCCAUUUUACCUGAUGAAACAGAGUACCAACCGAUCAGCGACGUGCAGCCCAUGUGGAAAGUAUCGAGUGAUGGUGUAAUGAAGAAUCCCGUGCCCUUUGGCGAAGAUGUAACAAUCUAUGAUCUCCACCAGCAUCAAAAUCAAACACAGAGUCCCUUUCCAUUCUGA